AUGGAUUGCCAGACAACAGAGGAUUCCACGGAAAAACAGAUAGUUAAUUCAGAUGAGCUGGAAUGCAAGAUCUGCUACAGCCCUUACAAUCUGAGAAACAGAAGACCGAAAGUUUUGGAAUGCCUUCACAGAGUGUGUGGCAAGUGUCUGUAUAAGAUUGUGGACCUCGGAGACUCCUCGUCAAGUAUCAUUUGCUGUCCUUUCUGCAGGUACGAGACAAGCAUCCCAGACGAUGAAGUUAGUGGACUUCCAGAUGACAGUAACAUCCUUGCUGCUCUAACUUGCAAGGAAAAGAGUAGAGAAUUCCCAUUGGACAACACAUCUGAGCUUCUUCUGACUCCUAAAAGACUGGCCUCCUUUGUGAGUCCUUCUCAUAACUCCUCAAACUGUCUCGUUAUCACCAUAAUGGAAGUUCAAAGAGAUUCUCCACAGUCUCAGAGCUCAUCUUCAGUCGUGGAAUUUUACAACUCGAGUUUUGAUUCUAUGCCCUCAAUGUCUCGAGAGUGGGCAGUGUGGAAUUGCACUUCCCUGCUCUGCCAUACAAUGAGCAGAAUCUUGGUCUGGCUACUAGGACUCCUGUAUUUCAGCUCCUUGCCUCUUGGAGUUUAUCUGCUUAUGGUUCAAAAGGUCACACUGGGCAUCAUAUUUGUCAGUCUGGUUCCUUCCAGUCUUGUUAUAUUUAUGGUCUAUGGUUUUUGUCAAUGUUUAUGUCAUGAGUUUUUGAAUUGUAUGAAUUCAUGAAAACACAAUCUAAAAUUAAGUACAUUCAAUAACAGAUGUGUGCAGGUUUUAUGUGAUGUUACCUACUGUAUAAGGUGUGAAAUACUGUUUCUGCGUAUGUCUGGAAAAAUAUGCUUAGUUUUUUUUAGUAUAGUUGUGUA